AUGGCUUUGAAAUUGUUGCGGAAAUCGUUAGCGUCGAGCGAAGAGCACUCGGAGGCGACACUGAUCACCGUUUUGGUUCUCACAACCUUCGAAGAAUUCGUCGGUGACUGGGUGAACCUGAUCGACCACCACCAAGCUGCCCAUGCACUGAUGCGCGAGCUCUUGAGCCCCAAAUCCAUUAUCACAAACGAGCUCCAUGGUCAGAUAUUUCCUUGGUACGCUCGAUUUGACGUGGUGGCGGGAAUAUUGGCCGGAAAUGAAAUGGUCCUGGGCCGGGAGUGGUACAUCGCGAAAGAAGACUACGAUGCUCAACAGGCCACCAAAUACCCAGGGAACGCAGACAAGCAGCUUAACUUAGCCGCGUCGAUUAAUCGUCGCUUCGGGCUAGAAAUGGCGUCGUUGUAUGCCAAACUGUCGCGUGGGAUGAUUCCUAUUGACGAAUUUAUCAUUCAAAACGACCAACUGGGUCAGACCCUCGAAAGAAUGCGGGAAAUCCUGGAGAAGUUCCACAAUUCGGAGUACGCUGUCUGGCAGUACCCAGACAGACAACCUUUGACGGAGGAUGACAUUGUUGACCCUUAUAUCCCUGGCGGCAUGUAUCGGGGCCCACUGUGGGAUGUGAAUGUGGCGUGGAUUGAUUACUAUUCCACUAAAACCAUGUUUAAGUAUCAAUCCCUGCUCUCUGUGAGACAAUCGUCGCCAUCAGAGUUGCAACACUUGGCUCUGGAGCAGUGUCGACUGAUCGAGGCCAUCGAGAGGUGGCCGGAGAAGGAAAAUGGAUAUAUGUUUACUUAUAAGAACAGUAUUGGGAUGGCGUGUUUGUUUGCCCCUAAAGACAGUAAACAUGCCAUGUGGGGCCGAAAAAGGCUUGCGCUGUUGGAGCGUAACGGGUAA